AUGUCAGAGAUGAGCGGAGUAGGGGGGGUGGCCUGCGGCGACCUGCCGGAGGGGGCUCAUAUGCAGGAGCUUGCCGUCGCCAUCAGCGCCAGGUUGUUGUUAUGGCCUCUGCGGCACGAGCUCGUGCGGGGCUGCACUGCUGGGCCAGUUCCCACUUCCGGUCAGCUCCGGGAAGAUCUCCGGGGGAAAGGCGCGCCCCUCCUCGUCGUCAUAGUUCACCUUCCCCUCUCGUCCGAGUUGCAGGAUUCUGGGGACCCGUGAGACAGCGAGAGAAACCUCGUAACAGUUAGCUCUCGUCGUCAUAGUGCUCUAUGCUGCACUCAUAGAGCGAGAGAGAGAGAGAGGAGAACGGAGGUCUUGCCCUUAUCGUCGGGUUCCCAUUUCUGAUGGAACUUUUGCGGCCGGCCGGCAUGACUCGGGCAUGUGUUUCUUCUCUUUGAGGCGUCCUCCCCUUGGACUCUCAAGUCAAACUCUCUCUCUCUUCCUUUGGGAAACGCUUUUCGGAUGCCGGUAGGGCAGAAGAAAUGCGGCAGAAGCUUUUUUCUGCAGGGACGGGGAGGACACAUUGUCACUAGCACAUUUCUCGUCUACUUUCUCCUACCCUAAGGCCAGGCCUACUCUUCCCCCUACGUCUAUCAUGGCUGCCCGUCGUCCCUCGCUCUGAUUGACGUUCUAUGCGUUUUGUUCUUCCCCUUAGCCCUCCACUCUCCCCUCGAAAAGGCGGUGGGAGGAGGGGCCUCAACAGCCUUUUCUGCGGCGAUUCUUCCAUUCUCCGAUCCUUUUAAGCCAGAGAGGUUCAUUGUAUAAGCCAGACCCUCCCCCUCACCUCUUCUGUAACUCCAUCUUUCUCCCUCCCGCAUCGGCCAUCAGAGGGACGCUCCCUGCUUGUUUGUUCGAUUUGGAGGCGCAUUCCGAUGGCGGCAGCAUCUCUGGGCAGCUGCCUCUCCCUCCCCUCGGCGUUGCUCCUGGCAGCGUUGGUCAUCCUCGUCGUACCACCAUCUGGUUAGCAUAUUAAACCUCCUACCUGCCGCCGCCACCGCCCGUUACCUUCACCCCCGCGCAUCUCUGGUCCCCCCAAUGCUCCCUCUCCGCGGGGAGGACGCCGCCGCCUUGAAUGUAGCCUUCAAGAUUGCUAUUCUGUAGGCCGCCACGGCAGGAAGAUUCUGAGGAUAAUUCCACUCGCAGGGCUCGCGGAGGAGCUCCACAGGGCGGCGCCACCCGCCGCGGGCGACCGGAAGAACUCCAUGGCAGCUGCUCUCCUCCGCCACCGCAAGCUUCUUCAGCAGGAACAACAGCCCGGUAACGCCCACCGUCCUCUUCCUCGUGAAUAUCCAUUCCCUCGUCAUCGAAUUAUGUUGUCCUCCCCGCUCGUCUAAUCGUAUCUGCAAUGAGGAUCUCCUCUGGUCCUCGAGAAGCACGUGUACGUCGGAAGCCGCAGAUCUCGUCACGUGUGGAGAUUGUAAGAGGGAGAGAGAGCUCGGAUGAAACUUUAUGACGAUAAACCAACUCCUCGAGGGCUCGUCUGUUUCCAACGAUUCCCCGCCGAGAGUGGCAUCUUUUUGCCCUGACAAGGGGAUUUCGAAUGGACUUCUCUCUCUCUCUCUCUCUCUCUCGCUUGCUUACGUUAAUCGCUUCCUCGUUGUCCAUGUUGCAGAAGGCGGAGGCGGCGGAGCGGCGGGGGGGUUGGAGGCGGAGACGAACCGGAUGGGGGAAGGCGGGUGCAGCAAGGACGAUAUCGAUGUCUACCAGGCGGCGUCCUCACCGCUACCCAGCGGAAUUCCGACGUACACGGUGCAGGUGAUCAACACUUGCCUGGGCGUGGGGUGCGGCGGCCCCGGCGGCGGGAUCUCCCAAGUCCACAUGAGCUGCGGCUGGUUCAGCUCCGCCCGCCUCGUCAACCCCAAGGUCUUCCGCCGCCUGGGGUUCAACGACUGCCUCGUCAACGACGGCCGCUCCAUCCCCGCCGGCGGCGCCGUCUCCUUCCAAUACGCCAACACCUACCCCUACAAGCUCGCCGUCUCCUCCGCCUCCUGCCAACCCAGUAAGUCCCGCUGACGCCUCCCCUCCCUCCUCUCUCUCUCUCUCUCUCUCUCUCUCUCUCUCUCUCUCUCCCGGUGUGUGUAUACGACGGACAAAGGCAAGUGGUAUAGUUCGAGAACACCUCUCCCCUCCCUCAAUUCCCCUCAGUCUCUUCCUCUCUCCCCGUCGACUGCGAGUUUAUCUUUUUGGUGGCGGGCGACACUGACGGCUCGUUGAUUAAUUACUCAUUUAAUGAGAUUAGAUGUGCGCCUCGUGCCUCCUCUCCUGUGUCUGCUACUCGUCCUCUGUACAUGGGAAGAAGGGCCGCGUGUAGGGAAUGUUCUCACUCUCUUUUUCGCUAAGCCCUAUUUUGAAGAAUAAUACUAAUCACAAUAAAGUUGUUGUUCUUCGUCCCCAUCCCCCCCCCCCCCCCUGACACGAGAAUCCAACGUCUCUCCGGCGUCUAUUUAUUUCACGGAGGAUGAUAGAGAGGAUUUAUAGAGGCAUUAAUGGACGACGAGAUGUAAUCCCCUCCUCGGCGCGCGGAGCUGCAUUUAUGGUGCGAACCUCAAGCAGAGCGUCGCUACUUAAUCUGUCGUUCUGCAUGGCGACGCCGCGCGCCGGCCGCUGUCGGCGUGCCCUGCGCGCGCGUGGAUUCUGGCAGGGCACGGGAAAGAGCGAGGGACGCCCGCGGUGCCGUCCCGUGCAGGGUCUGCCCGUCGGCACCGGCAAGCUCUCGUGCAUGCCGCUGCAUGUAGCGCCGUCGCCCUCUCCAGAGGCCGCAGGCGGGCGACAUCAGAGGGUGGCGUAGGACGACAGAGCGCCGACUGAGUGGAGCCCUUCCGUCCGCAUUGCACGUCGGCGACCACCGCGGCGUGUCGAACGACCGGAGGGCAAAUCAUUGGUCUAUGACGGAUGCGCUGCUCCUCUCGCUCCCUCUGCCAAGAUUCUCACGUUCGUGCCGGUGCAACUCGUCCUUUCACUUCCCACAUCCCUUUCGGCAGCUCCCCGCGUCACCCACCACAAGGCAUACGGCGGGCCGGGCCCAUGGAGUCACGCGGCCCGUUCCCCACUUCCCAGGCCCUCUGCCAUACGUUUAUUCACACCUAGAGAAAGAGAGAGAGAGUUUGAGGAUGCCUGACAACGUAUGGUGGGUCUUUGAACAUGAACAUUUCUGAUUAGAAUAACUCCACCAAAAAGGCCAGCAUGUGCGUUGUUUUUCAUCAGAGCUCGACGACUUAGACGUGGGAAACGAGGGGAGACGCGCCUCCGGGGGGGGGGUGGUGUUGAGGGCAGACAGUGGGAGGCAUGAUUGA